ACAGUUAUCUCCCACCUCAUGGCACUGCUCAGUAGAUCUCGAUAUACACAAGAAUACAUAUGUCAGAUCUUCUCACAUUGCUGCAAAGGUCCAGAUCACCAGACAAUCUUAUUUAACCACGGAGCUGUUCAGAAUAUCGCGCAUCUCUUGGUCUCCACCUCCUACAAAGUUCGAAUGCAAGCACUGAAAUGUUUCUCAGUUCUAGCCUUUGAAAACCCACAGGUAUCAAUGACUCUUGUAAAUGUGUCGGUUGAUGGAGAAUUGUUACCGCAAAUUUUUGUGAAGAUGUUACAGAGGGACAAGCCUAUUGAAAUGCAGCUCACAUCAGCCAAAUGCCUUACUUCCAUGUGCAGAGCUGGAGCAAUACGGACAGACGAUUCCUGCAUUAUUCUUAAGACUCUGCCAUGUUUGGUUCGAAUGUGUAGUAAGGAAAGACUGCUGGAGGAACGAGUAGAAGGAGCAGAAACACUGGCCUAUUUGAUUGAAACUGAUGUGGAGCUCCAGAGAAUUGCCAGCAUUACUGACCACCUCAUUGUCAUGCUUGCUGACUACUUCAAGUAUCCCAGCUCAGUGAGUGCGAUCACUGAUAUCAAGAGGCUUGACCAUGAUUUGAAGCAUGCUCAUGAACUGCGCCAGGCUGCUUUCAAGCUCUACGCUUCCCUGGGAGCAAAUGAUGAAGAUAUCCGAAAAAAGAUCAUUGAGACUGAAAAUAUGAUGGACCGUAUUGUUAAUGGCUUGUCUGAGUCUAGUAUCAAGGUGCGAUUAGCUGCAGUCAGAUGUUUGCACAGUUUGUCCCGUUCUGUACAGCAGCUCAGGACAAGUUUUCAGGAUCAUGCUGUAUGGAAGCCUUUAAUGAAGGUUUUACAGAAUGCUCCAAAUGAAAUUCUUGUAGUAGCAUCUUCCACGCUAUGCAAUCUUCUUCUGGAAUUCUCUCCAAGCAAGGAGCCUAUUUUAGAAUCAGGAGCCAUAGAACUUCUAUGUAGUUUAACACAGAGUGAAAAUCUUGCCUUGCGAGUGAAUGGCAUUUGGGCUUUAAUGAAUAUGGCAUUUCAAGCGGAACAGAAGAUCAAAUCAGACAUCUUACGAGGUCUGAGUACAGAGCAGUUAUUCCAGUUGCUUUCUGAUUCCGAUGUAAAUGUUCUAAUGAAAACUUUGGGCCUGCUCAGGAAUCUUCUGUCUACUCGCCCGCACAUAGACCAUAUAAUGAGCACUCAUGGGAAGCAAAUCAUGCAAGCAGUGACCCUCAUUCUGGAAGGGGAGCACAAUAUAGAAGUCAAAGAGCAGACAUUAUGCAUACUUGCCAAUAUAGCAGAUGGAACGACAGCAAAAGAACUGAUUAUGACCAAUGAUGACAUCCUGCAGAAAAUCAAAUACUACAUGAGUCAUUCAAAUGCUAAACUUCAGCUUGCUGCCAUGUUCUGUAUAUCUAAUCUCAUAUGGAAUGAAGAAGAAGGUUCUCAAGAACGCCAGGAUAAACUACGAGACAUGGGAAUAGUAGAUAUUCUACAUAAAUUGAGUCAGUCAUCGGAUCCAAAUCUGUGUGACAAGGCGAAGACAGCACUCCAGCAGUAUCUUGCAUGAUCAAAGACUAAUUGAAUCUAUGGACACCCCUCAUGUCUACUUAAGGAAUACCAGGAGAUGUUCCUGACUCCUUAUAUUUGCACAAGUCACCUUGGGCUGCAUUUUCCUCAGGUGCAGGGAGCUGCUUUGCAGAAACAGUUUAAAUGAUCAGGUCUCCAGUGCACUUGAGAAUUUUCUUGAGGUAGUUUCUUUACUCAGAGGACUCUUGGGGGGUUGUUUUGGUUUUUUGAGGUUUUUUUUCCUGAGCUACCUGGACUUUCAAAAAGAACAAUCAGUCAUCAUUUUCCUUUUGGGCCUACAAUUUUCUGCUUUUGCUGCAGCCUGCGUGUGUGGAUGUGUGUGGGUGUGCUUGAGUGCGUGCUUGGGUGAAUGUGUGUGGGGGUGAUACCUCGAUUUUGUUUUUCCUUUUUUUUGUGUGAAAAUCUUUUUCUACAGGUUUUCAAGGGUUAACCGUUGUUUGCUGUACAAAUACUUCAAUGAAUUAUAUACAGUUUGACUGAAAUGUUAUUUAAAAAUACCAAACUGUUGUAUCCCAUAAAGUUUAUUUUGAAUUUUGAACAGAUGAAUGUUUUUAAGUAAAAUAUAUGCAUUUCCGAACUUCA